AUGUAUGGUGAUGAUAUCAUUCUGUUUGGUGGUAAUGACGUAAUCGCUGAAGACAAUGGCUUCAGAACCACCCGUGAUAAUGUUGAAAGGUUCAUGACAACCGAUCACGUGUUGCUAAUGGCGAUCAAGAACCUAUCGUUUAUACAUCUGCGCAAGAUCCUGAACAAGACAGUGAAAGUGAUUCCCUAUUUCAAUUUCACCAUAUUUGGCCAUCAUGUGAUCGACAAUUUCGUCUUCUCCGGUGGGUUUGCGUAUGACUUGGAUCAUUAUACGCCAGCAGUAGGUUUUCUGUUUGUGAAUGUUUCGGGAAACUGUCCCCUGGGCUAUGGAUUCUCGGACCAUCGUACCUGUCAGCCCUGCUCUGUAGGGUAUUACUCGUCCGCUAUUGGAGAGGAAUGUCGCAGAUGUCCUGGUGAUUUAACGACACCAGGCAUUGGAGCCUGGAAAUGCGAUACCAUAUGCAAGGAUAACUUCUGCCAUGGCCACGGUACAUGCAUGGUGGACAGGGAUGACAAGAAGUAUUGCAAGUGCAAGUUUGGAUACCUGCCUGCCGACAACUGCCGUACACCCACAGUCUAUCUUUCUCAGGUGGCCGCCGUUAUUUUCUCCUUGGUACUUUCUUUGUGCAUUACGUUCCUAGUGAAGUUCAUUCGAAAGCGUCGUGACUUGAGGAAUACGGAGAAACAGAUGCAAAUCCAACAUGUUCAUCUCCAAAGGUCACUGAGGAAACUUGCGGAACUGAAUCGGGGAGCGCGAAUGCAAUGGACCGACAUAACCAUCAGCAAACGACUCGCUUCGGGCACCUACAGCAAGGUGUAUAUUGCAAAGCUUAGUGACAUGGAUGUUGUUGUCAAGAAACUUCCCAAGCGUUUCAAUCGCACGCGAUGGCGUACAUCACCUUUUGACAUCUUCUUGGAAGAGGCUGAGACACUGCGUUCAUUGCGCCACCCAAAUAUUGUGCUCUUUCUUGGAGCAGGCCAGGACACAGCAGACAAUUGCCCUUUCUUGGUUAUGGAGUACUUGCGACGAGGUUCUCUCUACGACAAUCUCCAUGACCCAGGAAUUCAACUAGAACAAGAGGAUAUGCUCCGGUUUGCUCAGGACAUCGCUCGUGGUAUGCGAUAUUUGCAUAGCUCCAAUCCUCCACAGAUUCACCGUGAUCUAAAGAGUCCAAACCUAUUGGUCAGUGACAAGUGGGUGGUGAAAAUCGGGGACUUAGAGUAUACCAGAUAUCUUGCCCUACUGGACAGUGAAGAUCGUCCGCAAUCUGGCCGGGAAUCCAGCAGCGAUGCCCAACCCAACGCUCAGGCGGCAAGCGGUAUAACAUUACAGCAGAACUCAACGGCACACGGCUGCGAAAGAGAGACUCUGAUUCAAUCAACGGUUUCUGAAUGCCGAGAACGUUCACCGUCAAUACACCACAGCAGCGGAGAAGUCGCAAUUCCACUUCUGUGCAUCACGGACCAGACUCAAUCUGACAAUACGAUCUCUGGAAAUGCUGGUCCCAUCGUAACUAUGACAACAGACGACGCAGAGAGUACACUCAGUCCCUGUUUCACGGCCUCCUCACAGCUACCAUCGCGAGUUGGAAUGACGUGUGGUGUGGGGACUGACAGAUGGAGAGCUCCAGAGACACUGACUGAGAAUAGUUACACUGAAAGGUCGGAUGUGUACAGUUAUGGCGUAGUUCUGUGGGAGAUAUCUACUCGUCGGCUUCCCUACGCACAUUUGACAUUCCCGGAGGACAUCCAUCAAGAGAUCCUUGAUGGCAACACGCCAGUCUUCCCUCCCACCACUCCUUACCCAUACCGUCAUCUGGCUGAGAAGUGCAUGAGCGAGGAAGCACGUGACCGGCCCUCAUUUCAGCAGAUAUUUCAUCAGUUGGAAGGUCUACAGGAUGCAUUUGAGGUUGACGUCUAAAGGGCCGCCCCAGUCACCCCAUAACUGAAUUUAUCACGUGGCACGUGAUUGUUCCCCAUACUCCAGCGAAUCAGCACCUUUGGCGCCGCCAGCAAUAAUAUGCGAUAUUGCCCGCAAAAAAAUGUUUAUUUCAGUCAUGGCGUGACUAAGACGACUCUCUAGACAGUACGACUCUACGACGAGUCGCAGUGUAGCAUUGAGACGAAGAUGGAAUUCUUUUUGGAGAUGGACGUCCCGGCAAUGGACAUGGCCUCGGACGUCUGCCGUGUGGUGCUUGCAGGGAUCAUUUUGUUCAGUCAUGUUGGCAGCCUCACUGUCGGUAAGCUUGUGGAUAGGAUUCAGUUCUGCUCGAUGUGGUACUAUGAUCACAAAAAAUUAUAUGAAAUAACUCAAAUUCAACUCGAUCAGCAUCGUGCGUUUCAGAUCCUCGCAAAGUCACUGCCUGUGUGUGGUCUUCCUGUGCCACCCAAAACUCUUACCAGGCUCAUCUGUCCUCUGCCUUCACCUUUGCUUGAACAACAAACACAACAAUUCAGGAAUGUUUUGCAAUGAAAAAUACAGCUAUCAGGAGCUGAAAUAAAGGAGAAAAAUUGUUUAUUUGCCAACUUCCUGAUACACAUGUAAACAUGAAGAAACUCUUUGUGGCAGCACUCUUAAUGUUUCAACUGAAAUUAUGAUUCUGUUGUGUUUUUUUGUGUUUGACAUGUCUAUUGCUAUGACGAUGCGUUUUGCUCAGGACAGCGAUUUGACGAUCGUUUUUCCGAGUGUGCUUUUGUGUAACAUGUUCUGGUUGAAACGAGUGGUAAUGUCCAUAUGAAGGAGUUUUCAGUCUGUGUUUUGUGGUCUGCCC